CGCGGCAGCUUCGCGACAGUCGGUGAAAAAACAGCGGAGCGUCAAGUUGUCAGAGCGACUCGCGAACUCGUCCAGGAUACUCGGUCCUUCUUUUCUCUCCUUUCGAAUCUAAGCGUCUCCCUCGAUGAAGAAGCUCUUCGUGCUUUUCGCGGGACUAUUCCUGCUCUCGGGAUUAGUCCUGGCCGAGGAUGACGUCGAUGACGUCGACGAGGAUGCGGGAACCGUGGACAACGACCUCGGCGCCAGCCGCGAGGCAUCGCGAACAGAUCAUGAGGCGGUACAAAGGGAAGAGGAAGCGAUAAAGAUUGAUGGUUUAAAUCCAGCGCAGAUAAAGGAACUGCGAGAGAAGUCUGAGAAAUUUGCAUUCCAGACUGAGGUCAAUCGCAUGAUGAAGCUCAUCAUCAAUUCGCUCUAUCGCAACAAGGAAAUCUAUCUCAGGGAAUUGAUCUCAAACGCGUCUGACGCACUCGACAAGAUCAGAUUGUUGUCUCUUACCGAUAAGAACGUCCUGGAUACAAACAGCGAAUUGGCCAUCAGAAUAAAAGCCGAUAAGGAAAACAAAAUAUUGCAUAUUAUGGAUUCUGGUAUCGGCAUGACAAAGCAAGAUUUGGUGAACAAUCUUGGAACCAUCGCGAAAUCUGGUACGGCAGAAUUUUUGGGAAAGAUGCAAGACAUUUCGAGCACUCAGGACAUGAACGAUAUGAUUGGCCAGUUUGGCGUAGGCUUUUAUUCCGCAUAUUUGGUCGCGAAUGUUGUUGUUGUUACCACUAAGCACAAUGAUGACAAACAGUACAUCUGGGAGUCUGACAGUUCUAAUUAUAGCAUUGUGGAAGAUCCACGCGGAGAUACCUUGAAGAGAGGCACGACCGUAAGCUUACACUUGAAGGAAGAAGCACUGGACUUCUUGGAACCAGAUACAAUUAAAAACUUGGUGAAGAAAUACUCGCAGUUCAUCAACUUCCCCAUAUAUUUGUGGAAUAGUAAAGUCGUGCAAGUCGACGAGGAAGAUGUAGAAGAAGAUAAACCCAAAGAGGAGGAUGUCGACGAAGAAGAAACAAAGGUGGAAGAUGCGGACGAAAAGAAAUCCAAGAAGGUGGACAAGACUGUAUGGGAUUGGGAAUUGCUGAACGACUCGAAGCCAAUCUGGACGAUAAAACCGAGCGAGGUCGAAGAGAAAGAGUACAAUGAAUUUUAUAAAACGCUUACCAAGGAUAAUCAAGAACCUCUGGCAAAGAUACACUUCGUCGCGGAGGGCGAGGUCACAUUCAAGUCUGUUUUGUUUAUCCCGAAGGUUCAACCGAGCGAUAGCUUCAAUCGUUACGGCACCAAGUCCGACAACAUCAAGCUGUACGUCAGACGUGUCUUCAUUACUGAUAAGUUCACCGAUAUGAUGCCGAAUUACUUGUCUUUCAUUCGUGGUAUCGUGGAUAGCGACGAUCUACCGCUUAAUGUUUCACGUGAGAACCUUCAACAACACAAAUUGAUCAAGGUCAUCAAGAAGAAGCUCAUCAGAAAAGUAUUGGACAUGAUCAAGAAGCUCGACAAAGAGGAUUUCCAGACAUUCUGGAAAGAGUACAGCACAAACAUCAAGCUGGGCAUCAUCGAGGACGCGCAAAAUCGCGCGAGAUUGUCCAAGCUCCUACAGUUCCAAUCGUCUACGCAGAAAAACCUGACUUUCCUAGCCGAUUACGUAUCCCGGAUGAAGCCCAAUCAAAAGUACAUCUACUACAUCGCCGGCGCUUCCGAGGACGAGGUGCAGAAGUCGCCGUUCGUCGAGCGGCUGAACAAGAAGGGUUACGAGGUACUGUAUCUGACUGAGGCGGUGGACGAGUACGCGAUCUCGGGCUUGCCCGAGUUCGAUGGUAAGAAGUUCCAAAACGUGGCGAAGGAGGGCUUCUCGCUCGACGAGGGUGAACGGGCAAAGGAGCGAAUGGAGCAGCUCAAAACGACGUUCGAGCCCCUGACCAAGUGGCUGGUCGACCUCCUGAAGGAAUACAUCAACAUUGCUCAAGUGUCUGAGCGUCUGACUGACUCGCCCUGCGCCUUGGUCGCCACCAUGUUCGGCUGGACCGGCAAUAUGGAGCGAUUGGCGAUUUCGAACGCUCAUCAGAAGAGCGACGACCCCCAAAAGUCUUACUACAUGAACCAGAAGAAGACCCUGGAGAUUAACCCGAGGCAUCCACUGAUCCGGGAAUUGCUGCGUCGCAUCGAGGUCGACACGUCCGACCAGACAGCGAAGGACAUCGCGGUGAUGAUGUUCCACACAGCGACUUUGCGAUCGGGAUACAUGCUGCGAGAGACCUCCAACUUCGCCAACAGCGUGGAACAACUGAUGCGAAGGAGCCUGGGCAUUUCCGUCGACGAGGUACCUGAGGAAGAGGAGAUAGAGGAGGCGGUGGGCGAGACGGAGAAGCCAUCGGACAUCGGUGACGAUGAGAAAAACAUAGAAGACGAGGAGCACGACGAAUUGUAAUGAUAAGAGCGAUAUUUGAGGGACUCGAUAUUUUAGAAACGUAGCUAUACGAUGUAUAGUUACCCCAAGUUUCUUCGAAGAUACGGUCUUCGUCUACAAAUAAUUUCAAUAUACGCAACACUUGAUAAGUACGUUGAUCCAAUCCGGUGUCCUGGAAAGUUUUCGUAGCUGUCAUUGUUGUCAAAAACGUGCAAGAGAUGUACCUAAAUUCUUUUUUUUUACAUGAGACGCCGUUAAUCGCGAUAUAUAUACAUAUAUAUAUAUUUUUUUUUGUUUUGUUUUUUGUUGAAUGAUAUUUCUGUCAUCGAUACCAACGAGAAAUUGUGCAUUUUAAAAGGAUAUUUAAUUUAUUACUUUCAUUUGAUCUUCCAUCUUUUUUUAGAGUAACGUUAAGAGAGCACUGACUGAAGCGUUACUGAUGUAUGGGUAUGUUUGUGGUGUACGUGUGAAUGUGUAUUUGUACAUGAAAUAUGCAAAUUAUAUUAAAAUGAUAUAUAUAUCUAUACUAUUGAUGCGAUAACGCAGUUUGUGUAUCAUAUCCAUCUUUUAAUCCUGAAACAAGGAUCUUGAGAAUGAUCAGUUGAAAGACAAGUGUUAUUAUUGCUGAUAUUUGCGAACGUGGAGAUUACAAGAUCGUACAUAGUGCGAGAAAAUAUAGCAUUAAA